GUAAGACUUUUAACAAUAAUCAAUCUUCUGAACAUCUAUUUAUACAUACACAUGUGCCUUGUUCCAUAUUCCACUUGUAAUUAAACUCCAUCAUCCAACUGCUAGCUUGCACUAGAAUAUUAUUCCAUAGCCAUGGAUCUUCCCUCACAUUCGACAGUUACAUUCACAAUCUAUGCCACUCUUUUCUCACUCUUCCUUUGCAUUCUUUUUUGGGUAAAGGACAAACGCCGCACUGUAAACACACCACCACCACCACCGGAAGCCAGCGGCGCCUGGCCUUUAAUCGGUCACCUCCACCUUUUAGCUGGCUCCCAACCAGCUCACACCACCUUGGGUAACAUGACUGACAAAUACGGACCUAUCUUCACCUUGCGUUUAGGCGUUCACCGAACUUUAGUUGUAAGCAACUCAAAAAUGGCUAAAGAGUGCUUUACCGUUAACGACAAAGCAUUUGCUUCCCGUCCCAAAACUUUAGCUACUGAAAUUUUGGGCUUAAACUUUUCCAUGUUUGCUUUCAUACCCUACGGUUCCUAUUGGCGCCACGUGCGUAAGAUAGCAACCUUGGAGGUCCUCACCACCAAACGCAUAGAGAUACUUAAGCAUGUGAUGGAAUCGGAGAUUAAAGCAGCUAUGAAAGAGAGUUACAAUUUUUGGGUAAAGAUGAAGGAGAGUGGUGAUAUUGAUAAUGAUCAAAAGGCUAUUCCUAUUACUGAGAUGAAGAAGUGGUUUGGUGAUAUAACACUCAACAUCAUGUUUAGAACGGUGAUAGGAAAACGUUUAGUUGGGGUUGGUUGUGAUGGUGAAGUAGUGGAAGAAAAUGAAAGGAUACGAAAAGCAGUUAAGGACUUUUUCCAUCUCAGUGGUUUGUUCCCUGUGUCUGAUGCGAUUCCGUUUUUGAGAUGGUUGGAUUUGGAUGGAGCAGAGAAGAAGAUGAAGAAGACAGCCAAAGAGUUAGAUGAUUUUGCUCAGGUUUGGCUUGAGCAACACAAACGCAAUAGAGACAUUGGUUCAGGGGAAUGGGAUGAGGGUAAGCAUGACUUCAUGGAUGUGCUUAUUUCCACCGUUGAUGAUGAAGGUUUUGAUGGUCAUGAUGCCGAUACCAUAAUCAAAGCUACAUCUCUGUCAUUAAUUUUGGCUGCUGCAGACACUACAACAGCGACAUUAACUUGGAGUCUCUCUUUACUUCUCAAUAAUCGUGAAAUCUUAAAGAAGGUUAUACAUGAGUUAGACACACAAAUUGGUAAAGAAAAUUUGGUUGUGGAAUCAAAUUUGGAGAAGUUGGAGUAUCUCCAAGCCGUUAUCAAAGAAACAUUGCGCUUAUAUCCACCCGGACCACUUGGUGUGCCUCACGAGUCCAUGGAAGAUUGUAUUGUCGGUGGAUACCAUGUUCCUGCUCAAACACGUCUUUUGACUAACAUUUCAAAACUUCAACGAGAUCCCUUUCUAUAUUCCAAUCCCUUUGAGUUUCACCCAGAGAGAUUUCUCACAACCUAUAAAGAGGUUGAUCUUAAGGGCCAACAUUUUGAAUUGAUUCCAUUUGGCGCAGGUAGAAGAAUGUGUCCUGCAAUGUCAUUUGCUCUUAAACUAAUGCAGAUGACACUUGCUACUCUAUUACAUGGGUUUGAAAUAAUGACGGUUGAUGGUGGACCAGUUGAUAUGGUUGAAGAAAGUGGAUUAAGCAACAUAAGAGCUUCCCCGCUCCAAGUCAUUCUUACACCACGCCUAUUUUCCCAAGUUCAUGAUCAAAAUUGAACUAUAUACAUGGUUAAAUCUACCCGUCAUAUACAAAUAAAAGAGGUUUAAUUCUACUACAUCGGGUGUUCAUUGCAAAUUGCAAUCGCAGUGGAGGUGUAAUUAUUAAAUAAAAUUAUUUUCUAUAUAGCUUUGUCUACCGUGUACAAAAAAAAAAUAGUGUACGUUACAAAUUGGAUUUCUACCUCCAUAAUUGAUAGGUGCAAAUUAGUCACUUACCAUUAUGUGUUUUAUGAUUCCUGAUUUCUUACUUUCUUCAUCGAUUACUCUCCCCUCCCUUUAACAAUCCUUAUAUUGUCAUUGAGAUGAACACAUGAAAAAGCAUUAGUGAAAUACACGUUCUUAUCAA